CACUUGGAUUCUGCAGCUGCUCAUAUGGAUGACGGGGAAUGUGGGCAAAGUGCUCAACUGGGGAAACAGUGAGUGGAAGAACUUGGCCGUACACGGAGCGAAAUUGAUGAAGAUUAUGACUGGGGCCGGUGCGGUUUCUACUUUCUACGAAAAUUUUGCAAACAUGAACAGCGUCUGCUUGUUGGACGUACUUCUACUACUAGGCCCCCUUGCAAUUCUAGUCGAAGUAGUAGGUUUGAGCUCAUUUUCUAUCGACGUUUGUUCUAAUCAUUACCAGGAGCUCCAAGAAUAUCUCUUAGAACAAGGCGGAUGCCCUCGCAGGAAUAGACUUCCUUUUUGCAGUUUUCCACUUCGUUUACCAAAAUGAAAAACCCAGGCUGCCCUCACGCCGCGGAUUCACGUUUUGCAGCGCGGCCUGGCUGGAGUCUUUUUCAUGCGAUUGGCGAAGCUGCACAAUUAUGGCUUGAUGCAUCGUACUCAGUAUCAUCAUCUUGAUGCUGGUGGUGUCGUUGUCCACCUGCUUACUUUCCUUGUUCGUUAUGUUUAAUGCUGGAUCGUGGAGCUGCUGUAGCGAAGAACUCAAAGUCGAUAACCUCGUAGCUACGAGCUGCAUGCGAUUCAGUUUUAGUAUGAUGUAGGGAAGGGGAAGUGGAUCGAGAUCGAUGUUUAGCUCUUCUUUCAGCAGCUUAUUUAGCUACCCCCAAUCCUAGAUAUACUCAUAGACCCAACAGCUACGGCGAAUUAUCACCAUCUGUUCUUCUAACAAGCAACCUUGGACUUAUGGGCGGACUCGCUGAGCGACUAUCCGAUCUGCAGGCAAAGGUCAGAAGCGUGCGAGUGGGUGGCCAAAUUGGUACUACUAGCGGCAGUCUGUUCUUUGCUUGUGAAUGAUGGCGGAUAUUGUGAUAGGCAGAAGACUAGAAUCAAAUGCUUAGGAGUAAUAACCGCGUACGCAUCUGAGUGCGGGCAUUUUCUCUCUCGUUGCCUUCGUAAAUACAAGUGGCCAUAUUUACGCAGGGCCAACAUUCCUCAAUUACUUUUUUCCUCUCGUAGGUUACUUCUCUGUCGCUCCGCGACUACUAGAUCCUUAACUGUUAAAGAUCUUUUUUAUGAUGGUUCUUCAUCGCAAUUCUCUCUCCUCUGCAGGCCGCGACGUAUCUUCCGAAAAGCGAUCGAAACUAUGUGGAGUUUUAUCAGGAGGGAGAGCGAGCUGCUAAUGGAGACCAGGCACACAUCAAAGAUGGGCACAGAGUGCUUUGGUCGGCGAUCAAGCCGGUACUUGUGCUCUUCUAGCUAGCUCUUACAUCCAAGGUUAUCUUUUUCUCAUCUUGUUCGCCUACUUCCUUAAACCUAGACGCUCGCCUGUCGUCGAUCGUCUACUUCGCCUGUGGUCGUGGAUCGUCUGUGCCUGUCGUCGAUCGUCUGCGCCUGUCGUCGAUCGUCUGGGCCUGUCGUCGCUCGUCUGCGCUUGUCGUCGAUCGUCUGCGCCUGUCGUCGAUCGUCUGCGCCUGUCGUCGAUCUUCUUCGCCUGCGGCGCCUGUCGUGGAUCGUCUUCGGCGCCUGUCCUCGUCGGUCGUCCUCUGUGCCGCUUGAUGGAUGGGGGUCGCGUCGGUCGAGGCCUAGUCGAUCGUCUGCGCCUGUCGUCGGUCGACGUCUAGUACUAGUGGCGCUGCGCCUGGGCUGUCGUCGAUCGUCUGCGGCUGUCGUCGAUCGUCUGCGCCUGUCGUCGAUCGUCUUCGCCUGGUGUCGUCGAUCGUCCUCUUCGGCGCUUGUCCUCGUCCUGCUCCCUUGCGCCUGGAGGUCGUGUCUCGUCGAUGAUCGUCUGCGCUUGUCCUCGUCGAUCGUCUGGGCUUGUUGUGGUCGUCGGUCGUCUGCGCCUGUGUGUCCGUCGUCGGUCGUCUUCGCUUGUCGUCGAUCUUCGUCCCCGUCUUCUUCGUCUUCCUCGCCUGUCGUCCCCGGCGGGCGUCGUGCUGGUCGAUCUUCUGCUCCUUCGUCUGCGCCUGGUGGUGGUGGAGGUGUCGCCGAUCGUCUGCGCCUGUCCUCGAUCUUCGUCCGCGCCUGUCACGACCGUGUCGUACUUGUUGUAGUAAGUGCCCCUGUCGUCGAUCGUCUUCGCCUCAUCAGGACAGGCUGCGCUAGUGCCUAGACUACUGGUCGCCGGUCGUCUGCCCCUGCUGGUGUCGUCGAUUUAUUUUUUUAUUUUGUCUGCGCUUGAGUCGCCGACCCUCGUCUUCUGUGCAGGAGCUUGUUGUUGUUGAUGUUGUCGCCGAUCGGUGGCGUCUGCGCCGGGUGAUGUAGUGGUCGCCGAUCAUCGUCUGCGCCUGUCGUCGGUCUUCGUCGUCGGUCGUCGUCUGUCGUCGAUCUACUUCGUCGCCGCCUGCUGUCGUCUUCUGGUGCUGUCGUCGGUCUGUCGUUGGCUUAUUUCUGUCGUCUGCCUUCUGUCGUCUGUGUUGUUUGAUGGUCUUCUUACAACUUCUUCGUGGUCUGUCGUGGUCUUGCCACUCCUGUCCACUUCUUCAUCUGGUGCUGCCUUGUUCUGUCGUCUGCGCUCUGUCUCGUGGUCGCGUCUACUCUAGUAGCGGGCGGCGCAGUCUGCUUUUUGUGGCUGACGCGGGAGACUUCUACAAAAGAACAGAUAGGAGGAGCUCUACCCAUAUGGCUGAGAACAUGCCGCCAGGCCUUCCGCGGAUGUUCCUCACUCAGAUCUUCUUCGCCAGGCCCUCCACGGUGGACGCCCCUCAGAUGAUGACGCUGAUCAGCAUGACGACGAUCGCCACGCCUUGCCCCGCGGAUCAUCCGACGGAGGUCUGUCGCCCGCGAUGAAUUAUCACGAUCAUAAUGCUCCUCCUUGUUGAAGCGGUCUGAGAGCCUCCACCGUCCUCGUGGUCGUCAGGUGCAGCCGCUGGCCCUCUCCCGCGGGCGGCGCCGGCCGAGGACGAUGAUCAACAACUACAUGCUCCUCGGGGGCAGCUGCAGCAGGCGCUGGUCGCCAGGUCGUCGCCUCGUCCGCCCACCACGGGUGUGGCUGCUCUUGUAGUAGUAAGUUGUAGUUGUUCCUCGCCAGCUCGUCAGGCCUCCCGCGGACGACCAUGAUCGUGCCCGCCUUCUUCAGGCCAGGUCUCGUCCCGCGGUCGACCGUGGGCGAUGUUCUUCACCUUCUCGCCCCUCUAGUACUUCAGAGGACCAUGGCCAACACUCCAGGCCGCCCCUGGCUCGUCUCGUCGGUCGUCGGAUCAUGUUCUUCCCCGUCUACAGAUCGUCCUCCAGGCUCGUCCUCCUGGGAGUCCCACGGACGAUGACCACGCGCCUCAGCCGCGAACAACUGCUCGCCGGCCGCCAGGCCUCUCCUGGGUCUACUUGUAGCUUCCCAGAUCAUCUUCGCCAGGUGGGAGGUUAUGGACCAUCUUCAUGCCCGUCCUCCACCUCGUCCUCCGAUCUAGUACUUCACGCCAUGGCGAUGCCCGCUGUCCUCGAUGGCGAUCAGGUAUCCCGCGGGUGAUCAUGUUGCUCUUCGUCAGAUCAUCAUGAUCGCCAGGCGACCUCCCUCCACGGAUGUAGUACUGGCUGAAGUAGACCACGCCCCUCCGAUCAUGACGGACGGACGAUCCUCGUCUCGCCAGUGGAGAGGACGAGGUGCUGGCUUGCUCCCACGUGGUCGGAUGGCCGGUCUUCGGCAUGAUCUCGUCAGGCCUGCAGCUGCGGCCCCCGGUGUUGUUCGUCCUCAGAUCGUCAUCUUCAGGUCUCGUCCCGCGGACGACGACGGUGCUCGUCUUGCUUGUCCUCCUGCUCUUGGUCUUCGUGCGGAUGGAGCUGCAGCUUGGAUGGAUGGCCGUCUUCAUCAUCGUCUUCAUCUCCUUCGCCUUCUUCUUGUUCAGGUCCACCUCCACGGACGUGCUGGCUCAUCUUCAUCUUCCUCGGAUCAUGGCUCCUCAGAAAAUGCUGACCAUGCUCAUCAGGGCUCCUCCCGCGGAUGUUGUUCCUCAGAUGACGAUCGCCAGGCCCCUGCUCACGGAUGAGGACGUCCUCCCUCAGAUCGUCAGGCCUCGCCCACCCCUGGCCCCCGGAUCAUGAUCGCCAGGCAGCCCCCCCUGGACUUUCUUGCCCCAAAAUUUGAAAUAUUGAAUAAGAUGAAGUCGCCAGGCCGCAUCGCCCCGCGGAAGAUCUUGCUCCUCAGAUGAUGAUCGCCGUCAGGCCUCGGGCGAGGACCACGUCGCCGCUCCCCGCCAGAAGGAGCAGCUCGGGCGCCAGUUCUUCUCCCGUGGUGGAUCAUGUUCUUCCUCAGCUCGUCUCGGAGACCGACGUCCGAAGUUCAUCUUGUUCUUCAUCCUCAGCCCAUUACUUUGCUGAUCAUCAGGCCGCGGCGGCCUGCUGGCUCCCGGGGGCGGCGAUGUUGUUCGCCCACCUCGUCGUCACUCAGAUGAUCACGACCUUCUUCCUCGUGCUGCCGCGUGGUCAGGUCGUCUCCCCCGGACCGAGGGUCUUCAUGCUCCUCAGGUCGUCGGCCAGGCCUCCUCGCUCCGCGGAUGUUGAUCAUGAUGUCCCUCAGCUCCUGCUGCAGCUCGCCAGGCUUCGCACCACGGACGAGGACGUUUGUUCCCAGAUGUUGACAUCUAGUACUGCUCCCGUCUCCAGCGCCGCGUGCUGCUGGUAGUGGUGCAAGCUGCUCUCAGUGCUGCUAGUACUAUUAUUAUUGGAUGCCGCUCAGUAGAGCAGCUUCUUCAUCUUCUUCAGGUGGGCUCGCUCACGUUCGCCGGAUCAUGGUCGUCCGGUCAUCUUCUCGCCCUGCGGCUGGUUCCUCAGAUCUUCGCCAGGUGGUCUCCCGCGGAUGUUCUUCUGAGUCAGGUCGCCGAGGCUCGGCUUCCUGCGGAUGCUCCUCAGAGAGGUCCACCUCGCCAGGCCACCUCCCCCGGAUCAUGGUCAGCAUGUUGCCCUUCGUCCCCGCCAGCAGCUGCAGCUCGUCGGGCCUCGUCCCGCGGAUCUUCAUGGUCAUGGCCAUCAUGCUCUUCAUGACCACCUGCCACUUGUUCUGGAGGAGGUUUCCGCCCGCGGAUGUAGUUCUUCCUCAGAAUCGCCAGGCCUCCCACGGACGAUCAGGUGGAGGCUCGUCAUUGUUCACCUCAGACGAGGGAGGUCGGCAGGGCCCGCCCCCGCGGACCACGAUGCUCGAGCAGAGACGGUGGUCGCCAGGCUUCCCGCGGAUGGUCCUCAGGUCGUCAGGCCUUGCCCGCCCGCCGUUGAUGGGUCGUCCCCCGCGGAUCAUGUUCCUCGGAUCAUGAUCAUGGUCGCCUGGUGGUGGCCUCCGCUCUACUCGGGUGCAGCUCCUGCUGCCGUUCUUCCUCGUGGUCGUCUUCAGGUGCUCCAGCGGGUGUUGUAGCUCUUCAGAUCAUGAGCAUGACCAUGCUCGCCAGGUCGGAUGUGGCCUCCCCCGGAUGUUCUUCUUCGCCAGCUGCUCAUGCCUCCCGUGGUGGGCGACGUUCUUCUGAUCAUCUUCGGGUCUGGUCGUGGGUCGUCUCGCUCAGAAGGUCAUCUCCCAGGGAGACCUCAGCUGCUCGCGGUCAGGCUUGUUGUAGUUGUAGGUCCUACGGAUGUUUCUCAGGUCGUCAGGUGCCACCAUGGAAGACGCUCCUCACGUCGUCAGUUCUUCACCUCUUGCGGUGGACAAUGUUCCUCAGAUGCUGAUCGUCAGGCCUCCGCCCACCGACGUGGGUCGCCCCUCCUCCACCUCAGAUCUUCAGCGCAACAAGCCUCCACCAGCGGACUUCCCUCAGAUCGUCAGGUCUCCGACGGACCACGUCCCUCGUCACCAGUCAGAUCGGCGUCUGUAGGUCUCCCCCGGACGUUCUUGAUGUUGUAGCCCCUCGCCAGGUCGUCGCCAGGCCUCCGCUACCAGAGAGCUUCAGGAGAUCGGCAGGUCUCGCCCCGGCCGGGGAUCAUGUCCCUCGGAUCAUGGUCGCCAGAAUGACAGGUCUGGUGCCGCGGACGAGUCCUCAGAUCUUCUGCAGGUGGAGGUCGCGGCAUCAUCUCUCUCAGGUCUCGCCCCGCCAUGUUCUUGCAGUUCUUGAUGGAUGCUCCUGCUCAGAUCUCAGGCCCUCUCCCGCGGACCACGCUGCUCAUCUUGCUGAGUGGUGCUCAGAUCGCCGGGCCAGGUGUCAGUAUCUCAGGCCGCGGUCGCCAGGUCUCCGCCGGAGGUUCGUCCGCACACGGAUGCAGCUGGCCCAUCUUAGAUGGGCGGGGCGACCAAGAUAGACGCCGCCAGCAUCAUGAAGCCAGCUGGUCCUAGUAGAGGUGGCGUGUGUAGCGCUUAAUAAGUAGUGCUAGAGGUCGCCAAAGCCUCAGACUCAAGCACUUGAUGCCGGGCGCUGGGGAUGCCCUACUUGCUCUUGUUGUUGUUCUACUUCUUCUACUUCUUUGGGUUCUUGAUUAUCGCACGCCUCCAGGAGCAGGUGGACGAGGAGGCGGCGCCGCGUUGCUCUUGAUGUUCUACCUGUCCCGAAUAUGCUCUGCGCGUCCACUUAUUGCUCCCCUAGACAGUACUAGUAGUAGUCCUUGCUCCUCGUCUAGAAGACGGCGAAGCCUGACUGUUGCCUUUCAUCAACCAGCACGCAAGAGCUUGCUCGCCUGGAGGACGAGGCGGAGAACGAGACGAGGGCGAGCAGAUGAAAGAACAACUUCAAAGCGGCCAGGAGUAGCCCCGCCGCUGUGGCGUGUAGUUGGCUAGCCUUAUUGCCGUUCGGCUAGUUGUGCUGGCCGCGCAAGAUUCUUACUAGAACAUCGGCGCCGGCUAGUAGCUGGCCGCGGCGGGCGGGCGAGGGGGUGGGUGGCCUGCGAGCUGCAGCCGCGCCACGAUCUGCAGCAGUUCUCCCGCGGUCGUUUCUUUUCGUCGGUAUUGGUCUCGUCCCUUUGAGAUGGAUGGCCGUGGCCUUGUCGCUUGGGUCGUGAUGUUGAGCUGCAGCAGGCGGGCGCGGCGCUAAAAUUAUAAAAAGUAGACGCUGAAGGAGACGCCGUCGCGUAUGUAGAUCAUGAAGGCCAUCAGCUGCAUGCUGGAGCUGCUGGCCGAACAGGAAACAGCGCAGCCAGUCGCGGCGAGCAGGAGGGCGGGGGUCGUAGUUUGGAGGGCUUCGGACGGGGUUGCCUUGCUGCCAGGGGGAUGAUCAUGAAGAGCCAAGCUCUGUUUCUUUUGGGGUUACUUCCUCGCGGCGGUUGCCUUUGGUUUUAUUGCUGCAGAUGACGAACACCAAGGGGGCGCACUGGAUGGGGUAGCGAUGUGAUGUAGGAAGAUGGACGCAGCUGGAGGCGGAGGCGCGGCGGCUGUGGAAGGUUUUUACUGCCUCCCGGGCGUCUUUGUUGGUAAUAUUUCCCGCAGCCUGCUAGUGCGCCGCACUAGAGGCCGAGGACAAGUAGCCAGGCUCUGCCACGUUUUUAGCACGGCAGGAGCUGCAGGCGGCCGCUGGACUGAAGAAGGCCGGACUUCUUAACGGGGACAAGCGUAGGAGAAUCGUCUCAAAACAAGCGCCCAAGCUUGCCACGGUCAAGGUGUUGCCACAAGAAGAACAAGGACCGGGGGCCACGUUAGUCGCGGAGCUGCAAAGACAAGGAGAGGAGACGUCGAGGCGGAGCUUUCUCUGCGCUACUCUUUGGCUUCUCAGCGUGAUGCUAUACUUCUACAGCAAGGCGGCGGCAGUGCUGGGCGGCGCUCAUGGUCUUGCCUGACUUGCGUGGCAGGCAAGUAGUAUUAAAGCUGCAGCGGCCGCGUGGUCAUCGAAAAAAAACCAAACAGGCCCGCGAAGUACAGGGAGCAGCAGGCGGCCGCGGAGGAGGACACGCAAGCAACAAGGAGCCGGAUGGCGGGGCAGGUCUUCCUGCAGCAGCUGCAGGAGGAGGAGGGCUGCCGGGGCUUGUUCUGCGUGCUGCUGCUGCAGCUGGUAGUCUGAGGCCUAGGGCUGCUCUCGUGAUCUUCAUCCUUCCCAAGAAUAAAGGGGCCUCGUCUGCUGCCUCGUCUUGUUGGUGCUACUUCUUCUCUUCUGGAAGAAGAUGAACAAGACUGCGCCCGCCGACGAGUUGCACGCGGGGCGUGCUGGAGGGCGGUGCUGGGCAGGAUUAACAAUAUACCACAACAGGAGGGCGCGCCGCUCCUAGGGGGGCAGGGCUUUCGUUUGCGUCGAAGAGCAGAGCGGGGGCGCUGCUGUUGGUGCGGGGGGUGGGCUUGCUUGUUCGUGGGACCAUGUAGGAGGGCGAGCAGCCUGCCCCCCGGCGUCCUCGUCGUCGUGUUCUUGUGCUUCUAGCUGCAGCUGAGGAGCAGGUGGAGUGCCAAGAGGAGCUAGUUGUAGUAGUCAUCUUCUGGCUGGCCGCGGGCACCAGGGGUCGCGGCUUGACUGCGUCUAGGUCUGUCAGAUGACUUUCUUCAUCUUGAUGAUGUUGCGAAAGACGCUGGUGAUGUAGAAGUAGUCGCGGGCUUCUUAUUUAGAUACGCAGCGACCUGCUGCUGCUUGUAGAAGUUCCUCGGGCUGCGCUUGUUCUACAGCUACUUCUAUUUCUAUAAGUACUUGCUGUUACAUCUAAAAAUUGCAAAGAUUUCUCCAUCAGCUCUAGCGCUUCUUUUUCUAAUAUAAUUAUCAAUAUAUUAUUGAAUAAAAAGAAGUAGAAAUGUAGACUGUGACUCAGGGCCUAGCUCUAUGUCUUUUCCAAUAAAAUGAGUUCUAUUAUUGAGUUGCGCUUGUGCGUCAGCUAGUUGCUAUAUGGUAAAGCUCGUCCUUAGUCUCAUGAUCGUGGGGUGGGCGCCUCUGUAUUUAUUUUGAAAUUCUUCAACCUCUCUCCACAGUUGGCCGCAAUGGCAUACAACGCAGCGACGGACCAGCUAAAUGGUAACAAGCUUUCCGAGUACCUGCAGGCGCGAUUUGGUCAUGCGAAUCCGCGUCCCUCGGUGCCAAAUUGGACCGGGUCAAUGACUAAGUCCGCAGUUCUGAUCGGGAUGUGCUUAUUUGUUCAUCAAUAUCUGCGCAGCUGCCUGUUCGUUUUCCUUGGUACUAUAAUAAUAUUGCAACAAUUGUGUUUAGCGUUGUUUAUGGAACAAUAAACUGGAGGCUCUUCUUGUAGCACAUAGUCACUUGUGUGUGUAUGCGCUACUACUAGAAGUUGUGCUGUGCCUGAAUCCCAAUCCUCGAGACCAAAUCUGGUGUCUCUCUUGACUUGUUCUCAUCUAUCAUUCAUCCCUCCGCCCUCAGUGAAAUGCGAGACGCAGUAUUGGAAUCUGUUAGAGGAUUACUUUAUCACCAUGGACAUCGCUCCUGAUCUCGGCUUCUCCUUCUUGAAGGACUUAAAGACGAAGUGUCAGCGAGCCGCUGGGUUAAUUUCACGUCUUCCGCCGAUCAGAUGCACUGGGCUCGAAACAUUGAGCUUACGGCUUGUUCGUGUCUAAGAAGUUGCUUAGUUAUCUGUAGCAGAGGCCUUUGCCUUACUGGGCUAUUAUUAUUGAUAAACUACUUACGGCUUCGGAGAUCAUGAACGAAAGAGGCACGAGAAGAAGUAGGCCCCGUUGAUUUGGCGCCUCGUUAUGCUUUUCGGUGACAGUGUACUUCUUUAGUAAUAGCGACCUGCGGUCCUCUCCCGAAUGUUUGUAACUUCUCCGCCUUGAUGUUUAAUAGGAUGAAAGCGGCAGACUCCGUCGCAGUAUAAUCAUCUUUAGACUAGUAUCUACUUCCACUCAGUUCAUAAGCAGGAGCAUAGUAGCUACCUGACGUGUUUUGGUCAUGAUCUUCGUCGUCUCAUUCUAAGAGUUUUGCGACUGGGUGCCAUGCCAGAGAUGCUUCCGAUGUGCUUCUGGGCAGGAUUUGGUCUGGGCGAGGCGCUGGGAUUUAAAAAGAGUACUAACGACUACAAGUUCAUGGAUAAAGUUGGAAUGGACGCGUGCGCGAGGUGCCAGCGCUGGAUGGAGGCCAUGUCCGCUACUUCGAUUAUCGACUACGACAGACGGGGCGCGAAUGCGAAGCAGCACCACCUCAUCAUGGUACUUCACGUUCGUACUUCAUCCAGUAGCUUCCAACUCCAUGCGGAUGAUCAUCAUUUUUGUAACUUGGAGGACCAACCUUUUCCAGCAAGUAGCAGAGUCAUCCUCUUCCGUUAGGAGAACAGCUAUCACUUGUUCGUCGUUCUGUAUAGUAGAAAACUCAUAUGGACGCUGUCGUAUGGAAACUUAUAGGAUUUCCUCCACGACUACUCAUCUACAUUUCACUUUCAGUGGGGAUAUUUGGGCGUCACACCGUUGAAAGUCACGGAGUACAUUGCUCCACAAAGUACCUCGUUUAUUUUCGCUAUGAAAAUCAUGCUGCUGGUGGCUUGCAGCUUUUAUGACAUGUUAACGAUUUUGUGGAUCAUCGAUACGGAUUUUGCUUCGUUGGCGAAUCAUAACAUCGAAGAACAGCAAACCCGUUGCAUCCAGACGGCAGGCAAGCUGCAGGUUCUCUUGGAGCAACUCAAGGCCACUGGUGGAAACAUUCCGGGAAUCGUCGACGCGAUUCUUGAGAACUGGUACUGUUUUGUCCUCUUGUUGUUUAUUAACUUUAAUAUAUGAAUGCCAGAAUGUCUCCAGCGUAUUCAAUCGCGAGUGCUCGCUGGCGGUGCUGAUGUCGCUUGAUGCGCUUGAUCGAGAGGUGGCGCGCUUCUCUGAUAACUGCUAGCGGACCGCGGUGGGCGCGACGGGGGGCCUGGGGGUGCUCUUUCGGGGCUUGCUUGCAGCUCUUAGCCGGCUGCAGCUUCGGCAGCUCCGCUGGAACUAGUACCAGCACAAAAGGCGGACCUGGAGGGGCGGGCACCCGAUGAAGAUGGGCGAGGGAGUCACGGGUCCCCAUGCUCUUGCCCUCGUCGGCGUGUCGUGGUGCUAGUGGCGUUUCCAGUUGAGCAAGAAACGGCGAGGGAGGGCGGUCAUCUGGAGGAGGGCGGCGUCGAUGAACGGAGCAGGUAGCAGCUUUAGCUGUAGAAGAUGGCGCCGAGGGGUGGAGGCAGUUGCGUAGUUGGCAACUACGAGGUCGGCUUUUCUCCUCGCCUCGGCGUCGUAGUGCUUGGCGGGCUCUUGCUUGCUCCACCGUGUUCGAGAAAGCCCACCCGCCUUGCAACCUUGGCGGGGUCGCGGGGCGGGCGGCAGCGCUCUCUUCAUCGACUCGGCAAGCACGCGGGAACAGGUCGCGCGGGUGGUGUAGGUGCUGCGAGAAGAACUAGGGGCAGCGGCCUGCCUUGCUGGUGAAUACUUCUCGCCAGGAGGUCGUCGCGGCAGAAGCAUGAACAAGGUGGCCACUCAGGGCGUGUGGCCCUUUUAGUCUAUUACAAUCAUGGCGCGGCGGGAGGAGGCUGAGGCCCCGGGGCCCCACCUCCGUUGAAGACCCCGGAAGAGACUACUAGCAAAAUAACAAGGAGCACAUCAGACCACGACCAGGCGGGGCGCCUCCACCUGCUCGCCCCUGGGUCGCGUGCAGUAGGGGCUUCUGUUUUGUUUCAGGAUCAUCUACAAGAACCGCCGCGCUGACUGGUGCCGCGGUCGUGGCCUGGGGUUGUUCUGGUGCUGCUCGCAGGUGCAGCAGGAGGGACGACGCCGAGGGGGCGGCCGCCUUCGCGCGUAUUGUUCAUGGGCAGCAGGCUAGAUGACCGGCUACAAGCCGCGCCAGCAGGCUAGUGCGCAGGGGGUCGCUUCGCUUUUGUUGUUGUUCUUCGUCGAUGAAGAAGAUGCUGACUGAUCAUCGGCCAGCUACUUCUUCUUUUCGACGUUUUCGCGCGCGCCGAAGUUGAUGCUGCGCCGCGGCGAUGGCAGGAGGGGGCUCGGGCGUGCUGGUUGCAGCUGUUGAUGAUUUGGUGGGUGAAGACUGGCCGCGCCGGAAGAAUCCCGCGGAAGUCGAGCGGCCGCGCAGGACGAGGGUGCUGUCUCUAUUCAUCGCUUGCCAGCCCCCUAAGGCUUCGCGCUGGCGUCUUGUUUCCUCUCUCUUAAAAACAGCGGCUACGGCAUCGCUUUACUCAUGAUCUCGCAGCGAGGUCGUCGUGGGAGGUGUCGCGACUAUUCGCAAUAAUAUCGAGGCUACACCAAAAUGGCCAAGACCAUGAAGAAGAUGAAGAACGGCAGCAACCGCGUGGCCGCGGGCGCUUUUUAUUUUCCCAAGUUUUUAGUAGCGGGGCCGCGGCGUGGAGAUCAUGGCGAUAGUCAUCUUCACGAUAAAGAUGACUCCUGACGCGGAGCACCAGGCAGACCAUGUUGACGCUGGAGACUUCGUUGUCGUGAAUGGUCGCCACCCGGUGACGAGGCUGGGGACCCAGAUCCCGAGGUGGAGUGCAGGCACCACGAAGCAACGAGGCCUCUUGGUAGCUGCCUCGCGUGCUGCUACUUGUAGGCGAUGGAGGCAGUGGCAGCCGCGGAGCGAAUCCACCGCAGGGCCAUGCUGGCGAGGAAUGCCAGGGAUACGCCUCACGUUCAUCUUCAUCACUGGGACCAGAGCGAGCAGCGUGCUACACAGUCGCCCUUCGCGACCGCGUUGCCCUCGAUGGAGGACGCGGAGCCUGCGGGGGUUCAGGUUUGGGAACUCCUGCGCGCUUUUCACCGUGCUGCAGAAAAGUUGCAACAAGUAGAGGCGAGCAAGAAGCUGCAAACGUUGCGAAGGCCGUGGCGGGGGCAGCGGCUUCAUUGAGGAUGGGCGAGAUAUAUAACACUUGGAGCUUAUUGCUCUCAUCUUGGGCGGCCGCCAGGGUGGUGAAUGCCCCGCGUGUGGUUAUUUAUUUUAUGACCGGCGGGCCGCGGGUGGAGGGUUUUCGCGUAGUAGAUGACAACUAGCACCAGGCAACUAGGCGCCAAUAGCUGCCGCUAGCUGCUUGGUGCGAGGACAAGCAGAAGAGGAACUGGCUGCCAGCUCCUGCGACGUCAACUCCUGCUGGCGCCCCUGGGGCGCUAAGAGUGUAUGCCUUACGAGAAGGUCGCGCGCGAAUCUGGUGCCAGCACGGCGGACCACGAUCGCCAAAAUAAAGAAGAGGAAGAGGCCGCAGGUGGAGGGGGCCCUGGGGGGCUCACGAACUACAGCUGCAAGCGAGUGGGGCGAGCUGCUCGGGAGGUUGUAGGCGGGCGCGUCGGUCGUGACCCUCGAGCCGCAGCCGUCCCCACAUGAAGACUAAUACACACUGAAGAAGCAGACCCUACUGCCUGGCGCUGUUGUAGUUUGCUGCUGGUGGUUGUAGAUGUUGUUGCUGUUGGUGAUUGAUGUUGAAGCAGGAGACGGGGGCGCCUGUCUUCCUCUUGCUCUGUUGUAUAAUCUGCGGCCUUGUUCUUGCUACUUGUUGGCGCAGCUGGUGGGGGCGGUGAAGUUGUUCUUGUAGCUCUUGGCCAGGUGUGAAUAGGGUGGGCAUGGCGCUGGCGUGUGCUUGUUCGUAGAUGAGGAGCAGCAGCGAGAUCACGUAGGCCCGGCGUUUCUAGUUGUAGGUGGGGGGCGGGGGCGCUUCUUGGUGGAGGAGGAGCUGACGCCAGCACUGUCGUGCAACUUCUACCGCAGCUGCGGCUAGCUGUAGCAGGUGGGCCACAGUUCCUGUCUCUUUACUAGUACUAGUGUCCUCCUCCUCGUCUUGUUGUAGUUGUUGUAGUUCUUUGCUAGUAUUUUUCUUCUAGUUCUACUUGUAGAAGAUGACGAGUAGCUCGUCGAGGUGGGGGGCGAGCGCGUGGCCGCGGUGGUCGGGGACCUCUGCUGGCGUCCACCUCGGGGGCUGCCCCUUGUUACUUGUUGUCCUUUGAAGGGCCACGGCUCCUCUUGGAGGUGUAGAAGUUGAUGUUGUUGUUGGCUCGGACAGGCUGGUCGCCCUCGGCGAGUAGAGCCUUGUAGGUGGAUCACGGGGGCCACGUCAUCUGCUCCUCUAAGAAUCAUUAUUAACUUUGGCACCAACCCACAGAACAACAAGAACCAUCAAGAUAUUAAUAAUACUGGCAAAAUAGGUAACCCUGAAAACCUUCUUCUUCAUCAAGUAACUACAGUGGGCAAGGAGCUCCGGGAAAUGUCUCCAAUUUUUUACAGGCGCCGGUCCAAGGAGACUUUCUAUCGCAUCAUCUGCGAAAAAGAGGAGGACGCCAUGGGGCACUCCUUCGAUGCGGCCACUAUCCUGCAGUCGCAGGCCAAACGCUUCAGAGGAUGGGACGAGCAUGCAUAUUCGGAAUUGCACCGCUCGAUCCUCGGCAAUGCGCCUCCAGC